CGGCAAUGUUAACAUAUGCGCUAACAGCACCGACGCCAAUGUUAACAGCACCAAGGUGACUAUCGCCGCCGAUAACAUCGAUAUGGGACAUACCAGUGUUGGAAAAGAAACCGCUGGUAGUGUUGUUCAGCACCAGAGUCGAACUGUAAACAAGCUUCUGGAAUCUCCUGCAACAUCGCUUGCCUUGGCAAAAGAGGUAACGAUGGAGUUUGACGGCAGCUUAUGUGCGCGCAAUUGGGUCACGCAGUUUCAGAACAUCGGAAAGAUUUACAAUUUGGACGACGGAUGCAUGCACAUGCUGCUAAUUGCCAAACUAAAAGGAAACGCACAGCGCUGGCUGCACGCAAGAGCCACACGCAUCCUAGAAUCGACCGACCAGCUGUGCGAACAGUUAAUCUUGACAUUCGAGGUCAAGAUGUCAAAAGGGGAACUGAGGAACGCAUUUCAAAAACGCGAAUGGCAUCCGGAUGAGAAAUUUGCUGUUUACUUCGAGGACAAGGUGAUGCUGGCCAACGACAUCAACAUCGAUCUAGAGGAGAUCCUCUAAAACAUCAUUGAAGGAAUCCCAGCACCAGCGUUGCGCAACCAGGCGCGCAUACAGUGUUUCUCCGAGCCGAUGCAAAUUCUGCGGGCUUUCUCGGAAGUCCGUCUGCCGAAGCACAAAACAGGGAGCAGUUCAUCAAAGCGCCUUACUGGAGGAGGUGCAGCCAAUAAGGGCUUACGUUGUGCCAAGUGCAACUCCAAAGGGCACUUCGCCAGGGAGUGUCUCAAGCCAAAGAGGGAGCCCGGAUCCUGCUAUGCCUGUGGGGCAUUUGGACACUUCGUCGGACAAUGCCCGGAGCGCAAGAGCGCCAAUAUCAACAAUUAUAAUGCCUCAUAGACACAGGGAGUCCAAUAUCAUUUACAAAGUU